AUGGCAGAAUUAGGUUCAACUACUAUAUCUGUAUCAAGAUCAACCAUAAAAAUAGUUGAAGAUGAUGAUGAAAUUGAUCAUUUAGAAAAUAAUGAUAAUAAUAACAAUAGUGGUGAACUUUCUGAAACUAGUAAAAUAAUUAACUCAAAUUCAAAUUUAAAUCAAAUGCAUUCAGACUGUUAUAAAGAAGAAACUGUUGUUACGAAACAUCAUAAUGAAGAAAAUCCAGAAAUUCAAAAUCAUGUUGAAGAAAAACAAUUACCAGAAUAUCAAGUCAUAGCUAAAAGAUUAUUCAAUGAAGAUUUCGUUUCAAUAAAACCCUCGGAGUAUACUCAGUUUUUAGCAGCGAGUGAUGAGGAAUCAACCAAAAUUAGAAAUUAUUACAUGAAUUUAUUCAAGUGGUCACCUAACUUAUUAAAAUCAACUAGACUAUUAUGUUCAAAAUUAUAUUUAAAAGCUGAAUCACAAGAGCUAGAUAGAAUAUUAACUUCAUUUACAAAAUCAUUCCUAAAGCAAUAUCCAAGUAAUGUGUUUUGUACUAAAAAUUUUGAGCAAAUUUAUAUAAUAAUAUAUUCAUUAAUUUUAUUAAAUACUGCAUUACAUAACUCAGAAGUUAAUAAGAAAUCUAAAAUUAGUCAAACUGACUUUAUCAAGAAUACAAUGUCAACUUUCUUAAAUAGUGACUCAAAUAAGAAAAACAAUAUUUCAAUAAAACAAAAAAUAACAAUUGAAAAUGAAUUAUCAAAAUAUUAUGAAGAUUUAUUGAAAUAUGAAUUACAAUUGAAAGAUAAUCAUAGCAUCACUUACAAAGAAGCUGGACUUCUGAAAUCAAGUGGUGUGGCAAAAGAAGAAACUGUUGGUGAUGAUGAAUUAAAUACUACAAUAGAAACCUCAUUUGAUUCUCAUGAUGCAAAUUUGUCAAGACAACUAUCAAAUUCAUCAAUAUGGUCAACUGAUACAAAUAAUAGAAGAUCAUCAUUAGCUAUGAGAAGAGUUAAUACCACAAAUUCAGAGAGUUCAAAUUAUACUGCAUCACAAACUCGUAUCCCACAAAGAGUUGGAUUAGCUCGAGCAUUGAUUGGACAACAACAAGGGAUGUAUAAGAAUCAAAAUCCUUCAUUGCAUUCACAAACAUCAACUUUACGUAAUCGUUCAUCAUUUGAUCAUCAAAAAUCAAUCAAUAGAAGAUCUUCAAUUGCAUCAAUUAUUUCAAAAGAAUCACAUACUGGACCUGAUGAUACUAUAUCUAUGUUAUCAUUCGAUACGUGUAGUUUAGAUUUAAAUGAUGAUACAAAUAAAGAUUUGGACAAAUUUAAUAUAGAUGAUUUUCAAGAUGAGUAUGAUUUACAAUUGGAAUUAAAUGGUAGCCCUUACUUAAAAGAAGGGUUGUUGAAAUUAAGAGUGUUAAAUAAUGAUUCAAACGAUGAAGCAGCUAUCACAACCCCAUCAAUUACAACAAAUAAUAGGUUUUUGUCAUUUUUUAAUAGACAACCAUCAAGAUCUUCAAUUGGACUUCAUUCUUCGCCAAUACUUCACAAAUUUAAUGAGAAUUUCGUUGUUGUUUCAAAAGGGGAACUUUCAUUGUAUUCUUUUGAUCCAAAACUCGUUAAAAAAUAUAGAAAAGAAAGUCAAACUACAGAAACAGAGGAAGAUAUUGGUGAUGGUAACUGGUUGAAAAACGCAGCAAAAAUUGGUACUUAUAAUUUAUGUUCAACUUUCGCACAAUUAGAAAAAUCAGUAAACAACAAGAUUAUCUGGUCAUUAACAUUUCCUAAAGUGAGUAAAAAAUUACCUAAAAAAUUUAUAUUUGAAGCAGGUACAAAAGAUAUUGCAUUAGAAUAUAUAAAUACUUGUAAUUUUUGGGCUUCAAAAAUUACUGCUAUACCAACAUUAGAAGAAAGUAUCUCAUCAAUAGAAUAUGGUUGGACUAAUUUAAAUUAUUUAAUAGCAAAUAAAGAAAAUUUCAAAAAAUCCAAAACAAUUCAAAAAUGGGAACCAAUUAUUAAUGGUGUUUACUUAUCAAAUUAUUAUUCGCAACCGUCAUCAAGAAAUAAUCAUUUUGGUAUGAUGAAACAAUUUGUUAAAACUUCAAACUACUACAACAAUUUGAAAAAAUUAUAUAAUGAAUUUAUUACAAAAAGAUCAAUGUUUUUGGAAAAUUUCAAUAAAAUUCAUUAUAAUUGUUCAAAUUAUAGUAAAGUUCUAAACAACUAUGAUUCCAAAUUAGAAACCUAUAAACAACAAUUGAAAAUAUAUAGAAACUAUAUUAUCAUUUUAGGCUUUGCUUUGCAAUUGCGUUUUGAUUUGGAAUCCACCAAAAGAAAACAAAUGUUGGACAAUUCUUUAGAGGAACAAGAAGAAUAUGAUGAAGAAAUGGAUACUUCAAGUAGUACGUCAAAUGAUGAUGAUUUGACUAAAUCCGUCAAGUUAGAGAUCAAAAAGCUAUUCUAUAAUAUGAAGGAUAUAUCAAAAAUCAUACCAACUUUCAAAUCAUCGAAAUCAAUUAAAAAUUUGACUGAAUUAGCUGCAUCCCAUCAACAACAAUCACUCGAUCAAAAUAAUAAAUUAGUUAAAUCACCUAAAAAUUUCACAUUAUCAAACUACAAAGAUAAUGAAUCACCAAUAGCUCAAUUAAUUGCAAGUUCUUCAACCAAAACAAAUGAUAAUUCACCAGAUUCAUCAAUAUCACCACCACAAAAACAAUCAAUGAUGGAAACAAUAAUUACUGAAGAAGAUGAAGAAGAUGAUGAAGAAGAUACUAAGAAAACAGCAAAUAGUAAUGAAGAAAAUAAUGAUUUAGAAAGGAAAAGUUCAGAAUUAACUAAAGUUGAAAUUAAUAAUUCAAAUGAAAAUUUUAUGACUAAACCUCCUUUGAAUUUAAAUUCUUCUUCUAAUAAUGACUUAAGUAAAGUAUCUGCUGUUGUUAUAUAA